CGUUUAUAAAGCGCUUUAUGAACUAUUUAUAACACAAUAUUAUUAACAUAAUGUUUAAUUACAAGGUUCGCCACAUAAUAUUUAAAUUAGGCAACAAUACUCAUGUUGAUUAAAUAAGCAACAGCAUUAACACUACUGUAAAUUGUGGCCUCAGAAAGUUUAACAUACUGUACAUUUUAACGACUUAAUUAAUCAGUGAGGCGGUAUCUUAACGCCUUCCAGGGGCUCUGAUGAAUUUAUGAUGCUUCUCUGGAUUCGUUGAACUCGCAUCACGGUUCCUGAUAGCCGCAUAUCGUCAGUCAGCGCAGCGACCGGAACUGUAAAACCGUCUCAUCCCACUCCGCGCGCGCGGGCAGAUUUACAGUGCACUUCAGCUGCACGAGACAAACAGCAGCAAUUAUCUGGCGGGAAAGAACGCGACACCAAACAUACGGCAAAUCAGCAUCGGAGAACAAACAAGCUGAGAUUUCAUAGUCCGUAGUAAUUUCUCGCACAAAGAGAGAAGACACUGCCAUCUGAAGCUCGAGGCGCAUUGUGAUAUGGAGCUGCGAAGGUUUCAUGUUCCGGUUGAGGACGUUUGAAGGAACGGCUGUUUUUAUACGGCACCUCAUUUCACGGACCGCUCUUCGACGCAGAACUAGUUUACGCUGAUUUCUUCGAACGACGGCGGAUUUGAUUAGGUCUACCUAUCGAAAAGGACUUUUGGUUACCUCAACAAGUUUUUCCUCUUCUAAAUUACUACAUUGUGCUCUCGGAGCUUCUCUUUUUUCCUCACAUUUAAGGAACCGUCUAUGAAAAGUCGCUCAGGAUGUUGGCAACUCCACAUAAACGGAUAUGAAAUAGGGAACACUUUGAUUAUUACCAAGAUAUCGCUUCAUCUUAAUCGUGCGAGACUGUUAAUACGCCGCAUUUAAUGUUUCCUCGACCCGUUCGCUUCACGUUUAAGCCGUUUUAGGACGCCGAAAGUCGAGGGAAAACGCCGAAAGUCGCUCGCGCGGAUUCCGCAACAGUUCUGCAGAUGUGCUCUGGUUCAAUUCUAACCACCGUGUAGGGUGUUGAUGGAGAGCCUUUCGAAUGACAGCCGGGACAGUGGUAAUCACAGGUGGAAUUCUAGCUACAGUAAUCUUACUGUGCAUUAUCGCUGUACUGUGUUACUGUAGGCUGCAGUACUAUUGCUGUAAGAAGGAGGAGUCGGAGUCAGAGGAGGAGGAGCCUGACUUCGCCGUCACGUCUCGUAUGCCGCCGGUGCAUUCAAACCACAACAUCCUGGCGGCCACUGUCCCAACUGCAACCACUCCCAAUGGGCCUGCCCUCUUCACGCCCCCGCCGACACGAAAACUGACUCGUUCACAGACGUACUGUCCGUCCUGUACGCAUUACGACCUGCCGUUUUACCUGCAGCAGCCAGAAGGCCUGCGAAAUGGCGGCGAACGCAUUAGCUACCGCAGCGUGCAUCAACAGGAUUUGGGGCUGCCCGCUCCACUGCCUGCCCCGUUGUCCACCCCGCUGCCCACCCAGCUGCCAACGCCGCUGCCCAACUACCACAAACUAAACCUCAGCCGCUCGGUCACCAUGAGGGAGAUGUUCACGCGAAGCUGCAGCAUUAGCACUGAUGUGUAGCCAGCCAGAAUGAUAUAAUGCUAAAUGCUAAUGGCUAACUGCAGCAACGCAGGCAACAGACUCAAUUCUCACUGAAAGACAUAAUUCAGCAUUAAGCUGUAGUGCUUGCCUGCGUAAAAACAAUGUCAACAAUGUCCUCUGGAAACUCCCAGAGUGCCAAGCUUUUAGGAAGACGGCCCAGUGUGUUUGUUCGUAACUGGAAAAUAUAAAGGCAAAAAUGGGGUGAGAGCAAACAUUUGGUGACCCUCUCCCUCCCUCAGCGCAUCUACUUCACUCCUGAAUCCCUUGUUUUGUGUUUUCGGUAAUUGGAAAGAGGAUUCAGAAAAUAAAGCUAAAGUUUUUAUGCUUUCCUUACAUUUUUCUCAAAAGACACACCAAUACACGGAAACGCUGACGUCUUGAAUUUUUCAAAAUACGGUCUGAAUUGAAACUUUUCUAUUGUUCAUGUAGCUUGAGACAUUUAGCUGAAUAAUAACUGAUAUAACCACCAACUUUGUUUUAAAAAACAACAACACAUAUAGUACAACUUAUAAAAAGCCCUAAGUGGGGUGCAAUAAAGCUGUUGGGUCAAAAUGUGACAACAACAUGAUGUAAGUGUUUGAUUAUGAGGUAACAUAUGGGAUGAGAGGCAUUAUUUUUUACUGAAAUAAUAUUGAGUUACUGUGUGCGAUUCUAAAUAUUAAUAGAUGUUUCACAAUUUGCGAACUAUUUGUUCUGUUUUGGAUGUUUAAAUAAUUUGUUCUUCUUUAUUCACAUUUCUCCUAUCGAAAAAGGUACAGGUUUUUGUUUCACCUGCAUUAACGUCAUAAAGAUUUCCAUUGAUCUUAUUUUACCAACCUGGAUGUCAGAUGGAUAUAAGGCCGUGGAUUCUUGAUUUCAAGGGCUACAUUUGCUCUUUCUAAACGCUGCUUGUUGGACUAUGAACAGAACAUCUUCUGCCAGAAGGGUUUUUCUAUCUCGCUCUUUCUCUCUGCUGUUCAUGCUUACAGAGGCAUCAGUUAGCCUAUUUCCUGCGUUGUAGAUGUGAAAACAAGUGGGGCGUUGCACCAACUUUCUUCUUUUUAAUAAUGACACAGUGAUUAUCAAGAAUAUAUGUUCUGUUUCUAGCCUGUUUGACAGUGAUAUUCUUCUCUCGCUGGGUGUGUAGCCGCACACUACAGUCCUGCAGGUGACUUUGACUUCUGUGAUCACCAUGUGGUUGUGUUGUGAUUUCAGAUUUCUCUCCUAGCUCUUAUUUCUCUCAUCAGAACCCGUUUAAAUCUCACGCUGUCUCUCUCAUGUGCGCACAUACACGUUUCAGUGCCUGUUAAUACCAACUGUAUUAUUAUUAUUAUUAUAAUUAUUAUUAUUUCUGAAUAGUUUUUGCAUCACUGCUUUAUCACAGUAUUUUUGUUUCAGUCAUAGAUAAAUAAUAUUGUUUCAUGUUCUAAAGUGAUGCCGAAAUGGUCCUGUAAUUGAUAAUAAAAUUAAGAAUACAAUGUGGAUAAUAAAUUGGUUGAAAACUUUUUGGCAUGUGUUGAAAUGAAUACAAAUUUGAAACCUACAUUAUUUGAUAUUUUCGAAUCAACAUUUUGGUUAAUUUUCCGAUUCCAAGAUAUGUCUAGUCUACUUGUAAUAUAGCACAGUAUCAAAGUGAGCAGGUUCAGUAUUUUAGAGAGUCUGUAUCUAAUGAUACAUUCAGAACAUUGAGCACAUUAUAUGAAUAGAAUAAGAUUAAUUGUGAAUUUGAAUGUCAACAUUUUCCAUUACAUUUUUGGUUGGGAGGUUGACCUUUCCUCAACUCUUGCCUCAAAAGUUUUUCUUUGACAAAUUGUAUAUCAUGCGAUAAAUCACAUUUUAGAUGGCUGAGCAAUUGAAAAUCUAGGAAACAUUUUGAACUCUUUUGAAACAUUUUCCAUCAGCAUCACACUCUAAGACCUUAAGGUAAGCAACAGGAACAUUAAUUAACAUGAAUUAGCACAAACUUUAUGCUACACUGAGUCCAUCUUUAGCAAAUCUGACAUUAAUUUUAGU